AGAGCAGAGACAACUAUCUUGUUCACUCUGGCAUGCCUGACAUUCACCAGUUGCUAAACAAAUAUGAAUUAAAUGAUUAAUGCCCACAAGCAUCUUGAGACAUAAAUAUUGAUACUUUCUUUAGAAAAUGAUAGUAGCAAACAUUUAGCCCACUUGCCAGGCUCCUACCUGGUAGUCGCAUAGACGAUUCCAUUUAGCACCAGCAAUCAUCCUAGGUGGUAGGUAUUUUAUGUUAUUACUGUCAUGAGAAUGAGCCUCAGAGGAGUUAAAUGAACUCCCCAAGGUCACACAGCAAAUAAGGAGGAUCUAAUUCAGGCCUGCCUGGGAGCCCACCCUCCCUCAUUUUCAUCACCCACUACACUCCACGUCUCUUCUCCGGGCUGCUGGCUCUGGCCUAUUUUUCAGGGAAAGAAACUGCGGACAGUGAGAUGACCUCGGUAUCACUCGGCGAAGUAGCAAGUGCGGGUUAUGGGAACCCAGGAAGGGUCCACCUGUACCUCCGCUCCUCUCCUUAACCCCCUCUCCCGCCAUCACUGUGAGCAAGUCCCGCAGCGUUUGUCUUGACGCCUUACCCCGCACAAUUUUAGGCACUUGGGUAGGAGUUACUGGGCACAGCCUCCCGGAGGGUGGUGAUGAGGGAGGCGGCCACUCUUUGCAGGGGUCCAUGAGUCAUUUGAGGGACUGCUUGGCCGCCCCCAGACGGUGCCACUGCCCACCACUGUCAGGGUCCGGGCACGCACCGGAGCAGUGGAAGAGGCGGGGUGGGUGGGAACACGGUGAGAAGCUUCGCGGCUCCAUCCAGAUGCGAAUUGUUCCUCCCACACUUCCCCCGGCAGCAGGGACCUCCAUUAGAGCCCCCCAGAGGAGUCAGAAUCCACACCUCCGCAAAUGGGCCCGCUUUCCCAGGGCCCCCCUGCCCAGACCUUCCCUGGGCUCUGUGGGUUUUGACACCUCUCCGCAACCUGGCGGGGGUCCACCUCGCACCUUCGGUCUGAAUAAAAGCUCAGUCCUGGAGGUGGCCGGCCCGGCCUGCCUCGAGGAGCCCGCAGCCAGCCCCGGCCAUGGCCCAGUCCCCUCCUCUGCAGAGCCUCCUCGGCCACGACCACUGGAUCUUCCCUCAGGGCUGGGGCUGGGUUGGCCACUCGGAUUCCACGUCCCCGGCCUCCUCCUCCUCGGACUCGUCGGGCUCAUGCCCCUGCGACCGCUCCAGCAGGCCCUCGCAGCCCGUGCCCGCAGCCCGCGGCGCCGCAGAAGCCGCCUCGACGGCGCCCAGCCGAGUGCGCACCCGGCCGGCAGGCGGGCAGCGGCAGAGCGCCAGCGAGCGCGAGAAGCUGCGCAUGCGCACGCUUGCCCGCGCCCUCCAAGAGCUGCGCCGCUUUCUGCCUCCUUCCGUGGCGCCCGCCGGCCAGAGCCUGACCAAGAUCGAGACGCUGCGCUUGGCUAUCCGCUAUAUCGGACACCUGUCGGCCGUGCUGGGCCUCAGCGAGGACAGCCUGCAGCGCCGGCGCCUGCAGCGCAGUGACGCGGCGCCCCCUCGGGGCUGCGCGCUGUGCCCCGACGGCGGCCCCGCGGAGGCGCCGAGGCAAGGAUGCUGCUGCUCCGGCUCAGCCGCUGGUGCCGCGGUGUCCUGCAGGUCCCCGCCCGUCUGCCCCGAGGCCCUAGCGGCGCCCGAGCGCCUGGGGAGCAGGGUCCCCGACAUGGGACCCUGGCUGACACCCCCUUACUGCCCCGGGAUGCAGUCUCCCCCGCAGCUCUCUCAAGGAAGAGCCCCUGAUGCGGCCCUUUGGACGUCGCCUCAAGCCUGUUGUGGAACGCAGACACCCCCAGAGCCCCGGAACCAGCCCACGCCCUGGACAUCGCCCCCCGCGUCUCUGGAGCUGGCUGCAGUGUACCAGGUGCGCGCUCAGGCUCUCGCCACUUCCCUCGGAGUGGUCCCCAGACUUCGACUGGAAACGGAAGGGGGUAUCUCUGUGUCUCCGGAGUCCUGUCUGUUGCCAGAAACCCCUCCUCUCUUGCCCCGCCCAGCCUGCCAGCGACUCCAGCCUCAGACCCAGUGGGGAUGCUGGAGCCACACUGCAGAGGUGCUGCCCAACUCGGAGGACCAGGGACCAGGCCCUGCCCUCCAGCUCAGUGAUGAAAGCCCUCCCCAGAACUCAGGCCUUCCGCUCAGCGGCUGCCCUGAAUUUUGGCAAGAAGAUUUGGCGGAGACGCACCUGGGCAUGUUCUACUAAUGGCCUUGGCUGCCAAUAGUAAAGGCCACCCCCCUUUUCAGCCAGGAAUCAGGUCUGUAGUGUAGGCUGCCCACCUCAUCGGCUACUUCAGUAGUAUUCAGGCUUUCUUUUAUCAAGGAUCCCUUUUCCAAGUGAUGUCUUUCAUAGAAGCAGUGUUUAAAGCAGAUAGGGGGUCACCUCCCUGGCUGAAGUUGGGGCUGGGGCAGUCCCUCCACUCCUCGACAUCCCCUAGAAUGUCCAGUGCUCUGCAGGGCACAGCCUGAGUGGCAGUAAGAUGGUGGUUACUUGACCACAGUGGCUGGCCAGGCUGGGACUGGUAGGGGAGUGGACUGGGGGUGGGGGGUGGGUGGGGUGGGAGUGAGAAGAAAUCUAUAUGCUUAGAUUUUGUACUUCGUAAAAAAAAAAAAAAUUGGUUUGGUCUGUUUUUCCUCUGUCCACUGGGUUUUUAUUGCUUCUGGAAAAGGAGAAAUGUUCCUGUAGGGCAAGGAACAAGUAAGUCAUGCUGCUUUUCCCCACUGGGAAUCCAGGCCUACUGAGGUUGAUGUAGGCCCUCAGUUGCCAAUUUAACAGUAAUUAUCGUGCAGGGGCUCCACCUGGCCCGCAGGGCAAGCUGGGUUAACGCUUGGGCCUGUCCCCUUGCCUCAACCCCACUACUGCGGCCCUUUUCCCAUUCUCCUGGGUGCAUUCCUGCUGACCCACAGGGCUCUUUCACAGUUAGUGACAUUGUUUCCCGAAAGGUGCUUGUGCGUGGCUCCAUGUGCUGUUGUUCAAUUGCUCAAUUGUGUCCAGCUCUUUGCAGCUCCAUGGGCUACAGCAUGCCAGGUUCCCUGUCCUUCACCAUCUCCCGGAAUUUGCUCAGAUUCAUGUCCACUGAAUGUUGCCAUCCAACCAUCCCAUCCUCUGCCACCCCCUUCUCCUUUUGCCUUAAAUCUUUCUCAGCAUCGUGUAUUACUUCACUGGGGCUGCCAUGAGACAACCUAGUCAGAGCCUCCCUUGGUCUUUAUGGCAGCCUCAUGGUAAUGGAGCCAGGCUGGGGGCCGUUCUAAUCGUGCAGUGCGAGAGAGGG